ACUAAAUGUCACCAAACACCUCCUAGGAUUAAAAAAAACAAAAAAGGAAAAAAAUCGAAUGAAUAUAAAGCUAUCUCGAUUACCAUCUUGUCUGCGCUUCUCUUCGCCAAACCCCUAUUAAAAAAAAUGACAAAGUGAAGCUGGGAUUCAAAGCUAAGGAAUGAAUGACCGGUUAACCUCCUCCCCUCCUCCACCCGAACUCCAUGGCGGUUUGCCGACCUCCCGCCCUCCAGAAAAUGACUUUUUCUUCUCCGAUGGCGCCCCCUCACCUUCCCUCCCUUCUCCUCAAAGCUUCCAAAUCCAACUCCAUUCGCAACAUUCCUUCUUCUUAUUGCUCUUCUUCACUCUCUGUCGCUUCCCUCCGUGACCGCCAUCUCCGAUAUCAGUCUUUUUUUCAUUCCAAGUUAGGAGUAAGGAGAUUUUUUCUUACAGAGAAUGAAGGCAGGAGGUGGGAAGCAGAGAAAGCAAGAGCUUGAAGAAGAGGUAAGAUUGCUUCAAAAAAUGCUUAGUGAUGAGGAAAAAGUGCAUGAAAUUUUGCAACUUGCUUUACUUUCAAAUUGCAUUCCACCUGCCCUCCAUGUUCCAGACUUUCUGCCCAAAAAGGCAAAGGAGCUCUUAGCAGAACUUAUCAUGCUUGAAGAAGAGAUAGCUCGCUUAGAAGCUGAAAUAAGCAAGAUUCAGCUUAGUAUUGGCAGUAAAGAGGAAUUACUGAUUCAAGAUUCAAAAAUGUUCAAUUUAAACAAGCCAAAAAUUACAACUUUGAUUGAAUCUUCUAAUAGCCCAUCGGCUUCUCCAACAAAAAUACAAAGAACUAAUGUGUUUGAGGAGACGGCGAGAUAUGAAAGUAAAGCUAUGUUCUUUAUAAAUCAAGCGAUAAAAGGAGCUUACACUAACCACGAUUUUGCUAGCGAUGGCGAGAGGUUAGAGACAGCUAGCAGGAAAGAAAGGCAAAGAAUGGUGAAUAAUCAAGAGAGAAUUCCAAAUAAAAGUAGGAUAAUUGACUCACAAAAGAGGCCUCCAAGACAUCCAAUUCCUAGACAAUCAAAUUCUAACGUUAUCAUUUUACAAAAAUUGCUUCAUGAACCAACUCUGAGCACAACUCCAUUGGACAAUAAUGGGCAGAAUUGGCAGCCCAACAUUUUAUCAGAGAAAAUCUUGAAAUGUCUUAUAUGCAUUUUCUUGAGACUGAUGAGAAAAUCUCGCACAAUGGAGAUAGAAAAGUUGAACAACAUAUCAAAAUCCAGCAGCCCGACUUUGCGUACAACGAGCUUUAGAAUGGACAGGAGCUUCAAUUUAAACAGAGAGACAGUGCAAAAGGAUCCAUAUGGAAUAUUUCAGAUGGAGGAUUCUUUGGUGAGAGAUAUAGGUCCUUAUAAGAACCUUGUUGUGUUCACUUCAAGUUUUAUGGAGCUCAAAGGCAUCUCUAAUUGUCUCCCCCUGCUAAACAAAUUAAGGAAUCUGAUGAGCAAUUUGCAUGAGGUGAACCUGAAAUCACUGACUCACCAGCAGAAGCUGGCUUUCUGGAUCAAUAUUCAUAAUAUUUGUGUCAUGCAUGGUUUCCUGGAGCAUGGCUUGUCUUCAAAUCCUGAAAAAAUUCUUGGCUUAAGAAAUAAGGCCGUACUUAACAUAGGAGGCAAUAAGUUAAAUGCCUUAGCAAUUGAGCAUUUUAUCCUAAGGCAGCCAUCAAACACAAAAGAACUUUCCUUACAGACUCACUUAAAGAGUGAUAGAGAUGUUAAAGAAGAUAAAAUCAGAAUUAUGUCUGGUUUGGAGCAGUCAGAACCAAAUGUCCAAUUUGCUUUAUGUUUUGGAAACAGAUCUUCUCCAGCUGUGAAGAUUUACACAUCAGAUGGUGUUUCAGCUGAACUAGAGAAAUCGAAAGUCGAAUACUUACAGGCUUCGAUAGCGGUGACCGCCACGAGAAGGAUAAAGAUUCCAAAGCUCUUAUUUUCAAACAUGUCUGAUAUGUGUGAGGAUUUGCAGUCAAUGUUGGAGUGUAUUUGCAGUCAGUUACCCACAUCUGGGGCUUUGAGGAAAUCUAUUACUGAGUGUGUUAAAGGGCAGAUUAAUGGGAAUAUAUCAGAUAUUGUGGAUGUGUUGCCUUGUGACUUUGAGUUCCAAUAUCUGUUGCCUUUGUGAGAUUUCUAAUCCCUUUUUUUAGUUUUAUUUUUAUUUUUUAUGAGGAUAUGAUGAAGUAUGAUCUAUGAAUAUGUAGAAGAUAUAGGGUAGGAUAAAUAUGAUCGUGUUUAUGUGAAGAAUAUUGUAUGUGCUUUGCAAUAGCAAUGAUGUUCAGCAAAGUUAAAUGACAUGGUGCAAAUGACAAUUGAAAUUAGAUUGCCUACUAUUUGUAAAAUGGAGUGUAUUGCAUUCAAUUAAACAAA